AAGCGAGGGAGCAGCUGCACCGCCCGAGAAAGACCGAAAAGCUUUCGCCGCCUUCCACUCGUUUCCCUCUUGCGACUUCCAUUGGGAUCCGGAAGUGUACGUUGCGAACAAUGAUCCCACAGCUUCAAAUCUCUAUACCGUUACUUUGAAAUGUUGCUUUUCGAGCUCAUGACCCCGGAAGCGAUUGCUUGGGAGGGUACUUAAAUAGGAGACGCUGCUCAUGCUGGAGUUCGUGAUGAAAUAAACCAAGGCUGUUGUACUAAUACCUUAGUAGGCAUCUCAUGGCUAUGAUGGGCAAACGAGAGGUGCAGGAGAAGGUGCUCCAAUAUGAGGCUUUUGUCAGCGAUACCCUUCAGAGGGAUCUCCAGAAGGUGCUGGAACAGCGAGAUGAAGUCUAUGAAAAGAUUGCUCAGUACUUGCAGCUCAAGAAUGUUAUUGAACGUUUACAGGAAACAGAAGACCAAGAGCUAAAGAUUCAAGUGGAUUUAGGUUGUCAUUUCUAUGUCAAUGCAGAAGUGCCAAAUACAUCCACCAUACUUGUAGAACUGGGUUAUGGAUUUUUCGUAGAGCUGACAUUUCCUGAGGCCCUUGCCUUUAUUGAGAAGAAAAAUAAACUUCUUACAGAGCUCAGUGAAUCCCUCACCAAAGACUCUGUCAAGAUCAAAGCUAAUAUCCGGAUGGUUUUAGAGGGCUUGCGUGAACUUCAAGGCCUUCCGGAUAUGCCUGAAGAGACCAAAAGGGACAUUUUCCUUUGAACUGUAUUCUCUUCUAGUAUGCUGGAAGAAAAAUUGAUCUCUGGGGUGUUUUGGUGGCAGUAGGAACUGCACUUGUAGCUGGAAAAACCCUUCUGGUUGCGAGGUGAGAUGGCAAUAGCUUGCAAAGUAGAAGUGGAGCAGAGAGCAGUUUCUUGUGGGGCAGGAUGGGCUGGUUGAACUCUGUCCUAAUACUCACCUGUUCCUCAGGCACUAUUUCCUAAUGUAAACUGACCUCAGUUGUGACAUUAUUAAAGAUCCUUCUCUCUAGCCAGUCUGUCCUUUUGUCUGUAUCCCCACCCUUUUCUCCUUUCAAUACUAAUUUUUGUUCAUUGUUUUGAAUACAACAAACCUCUGCUGUAUCAGGUAGUAAUACAUUUAAGGAGACGGUGAUUUUUGCUUCCCCCCCCCCCCUUUUCCUACUCAUUGAUACUGUGAUACUUUUGCCCUCACUCUAGCUCAGGCCUGCACAACUUAUGAUCCUACAGGUGUUUUGUACUUCAGCUCCCAGAAUUCCUGACCAUUGGACAAGCUGGUUAGGAUUUCUGGGAGUUGGAGUGCCAAAACCUGAAGGGUCACAGGUUCUGCAGGCCUGUUCUAACUAGCGGUAGAGUCAGCCCUAAAUGGUGGAAUGAGGCAACCACCUCAAGCAGCAGAUGGAAUAGUGGUAGCUUCUUACUUGUUUCUCUUGAACUGUCCAACUAUUACUCUCUUUUGGAGGACAAAUACCCUGUCUGGAUAUCAUACAACCAUCUUAUGGCAUCCUAAGCAUGUCUUCUGUUUCAGUUGCUUUGGAGGACAAGAUUCCAUUGUCAGUAUUCAAGUAAGUUUCAACCGUCUGAAAGUCAGUUUCUGUACCUAGCUUUUGUUAUUACCUCAGUUUCUUAAAUUUCAUGUGAAGCAAACCUCACAACCUGUCAUCUUUACCAAUGUGUAGUAUUGUAUGUGCUACAAUAAACUAUAGAUUGGCA